AUGACGGACAAGGCCGGCACGGGCUGGGAGAAGAUGAGGGGCAGCGGUCGGAUCCGCAAGGCCAAGACGCGCGACGGCUACGCCACCCUGUCCAAGGGCGACACCAAAGGCCUGCUCGCCAAAUUCGAGAAAUUCGCGUCUCUACAAGAUGCAGUCGCCCCCUCGCCUUCUCCUUCGUCUCCAUCUCCUUCCUCUGCCCUCAUCGCGGCUGCGACCAAGAAGGAGGAAUCAUCGAAUGGCGCCUCUACCGAUGCCUCCCGAUUGCUCGCAUUGAGCACCCUGCUGGAGACCCAGCCCUCCAAGCGCGCGUCGCUGGUGGAGGUGGACCAGGCCCUGAGCGUCAUCCUCUUUCAUCUCCAAAACGUGGUCGUCGUGCCCGGCGCGGACAACGACACCGGCGACAACGAGUCAGGCGACAUCCUCGUUCACGACGACGACGCCUGGAAGAUCAAAAGGCAAGGCUCUCCUCCCCCUUUCGCUCUCGCCCAGUUGGUUUACGAGUUCCUCGGCUUCAGGGAGGAGCCCGAUCAGCCCAAUCUGCUGCUGUGCCUUCGCGAUCGGAACCGCCUGACUGCCGAGCUGCUCGCGCUCACUGUGACCAAGCUCCAGGAGCUGCAGCAGUACUUCUCCGAGACACUCGGCUGCCUGCCGUACUUGGACCUGCAGCUCGGCGGCAAGAGGGAAAAGGCGCCGGCUUCGAGCCCGUCGCUCAGAUUCCCGGCGGCGGUGGCCGAAAUGAAGGGACGACGGAGGACCAUGGAGGAUUACGUCAUGGUCUGGGGUAACUUCAGAGGCCGAGGCGAGGAGGACUAUUUCUCACUGUUUGACGGCCACGGCGGCAGCGACGCCUCUCUCUUUGCCUGCGAAAAUCUCCACUUUCAGAUUUGGAAGCACAUGAACCAGAAGAGGAUCGCCGACAACGCCGACCCCGCCAACAACACCGAAGACAUCAAACAAAUCCUCACAGCCGCAUUCCUGGAAACACACGAUCUUAUGAGACGCAACAAGGAGCUCAACGGCAAGAAGAUCAAAGGCGGCACCACCGUGGUGACCGCACUCAUCAUCAAUUCCCUCCUCUACGUCGCACACGUGGGCGACUCCCGAGCUGUGCUCUACGCCAUCGAAGAACGCGAAGAGUCGUGGAAGCGAAGAACGGCGACCAACGAGGGCGUGGCGCGCGGCGCACUCAUCGGGCGGCGGAAUGCCGAGUCUUUAGCUCCGAUCGGAACAGACAACAACAACGACGACGACGGCGACGAGGGCAAAGGGAGCGACGAGCGGGGCCUCGACGAGGGAGAGGAGGACUCCGGGGAGGAGAGCCGGGAGGUCACGCUUCAGCCGAAGACGCGGAAGGUGAUCGCGGCGCGUACGAUGGCGCUGACGACCGACCACAAGCCCAACGACGAGCGGGAGAAGAAGCGGAUCGAGGAGCUGGGCGGGCUGGUCAUCCACAGCAAGAUGGACGGCGUGCCCCGGCUCAACGGCACGAUCGCGGUGUCGCGAAGUCUGGGCGAUCUCCACGACCCCAACGUGGACGGCUACAUGAGCCAGGAGCCGGACAUCAACGUCGUCGACCUCGCCGAGGUGGGCCAGAGCAGCGAGGCGAAGGCGGUGAAGUCGCUGAUCCUGGUGCUGGCCUGCGAUGGGCUGUGGGACAAGCUGAGCAACGAGGAGGUGGGCGAGAUCGUCAAAACCCAGGUGUGCGCCGAGGCCGACCUCUACCACACGGCGGAGACCCUGAUGAAGACCUCCUACGACAAGGGCAGCACCGACAACAUCUCCGUCAUGGUCGUCGACCUCUCCUCCUCCCUCUCGCCCGCCCUCAACUAA